AUGGUCGCCUACAGUCAGGCGGGGAGCAUAGCGCUAGAAGAGCACCGCGACAGCUGUGACCGGGCGGAGGCGUCGGUCUCUAGACCUGCGUCGCAGUUCGGACGAUUCCUCAGCAUGUACGAGAGCCGCAGCGCAGCCGCGGCGGACACGGAGACGACGCGGCCCACGUACUGCACGGGCGGGGGCGGGGGCGAGCGGCCUGGCCUCGGCGCCGUCGCAUGCCGUCGCGGUGCGGCGCGGCGCGGCGCGGUCGUCACGGGCGUCGCCACCCCGACAGUGGCCGGUCCAGCGCGGGCGGCGCGCUCGGCCGUCUCCGGCGGCGCUCGGCAGCGCUCGGCGGCGCCCGGCCGCGGCCGCGGAUGCUGCAUAGAUCGCCCCGCGCCCCGAGCCCGGCCGCCGCUGGCCCGGGUUGCCUACCCGCCAGGCGCGCCUGCGUCCGUGUGUGCAGCCGGCGGCGGCGCGGGCAUUACUUUAUCCCUCACUUUAGCAGGGUGGGUGCCGGCGGCGGCCACGAGGGUGGAUGGAGGAGCCGAGCCGCCAGCUGACUGUUCCACCCCCGCCGCCGCCGCCGCCCCCAGAGCGCGCGGAAGGCCAGGCCACGGCGCGGCGCGGCGCGAGAUCAAUACCGGGCCCGCCCCCGCCCCCGCCCCCGCCCCACGGCCGCCCACGCGCGAGGCGGGGUGGAGGUAG